AUGAGACCUUUAAGAGAUGAUGCCAAACGCCGGGCAGACCGGCAGUUAAGCGCAAGUAUGAAACCUACUGCGUCCAACCGUCAGUUUUCAGACCGAGUGCCAGACAGAUUUAAGGAUGGGGAUGAUGCCCAGGUUGAUUUCACAGCUCCGCCGCGAGGUAUGGGCUCACGGGACGGCAAUGUGCAUUAUAUGCAACAAUCCCUCUUCUCCAUGAUUGCUGCUGUUGGGUCCAAGUCAGACUUCCAUGCCCGGUUUGAGGAAUCAAGCGAUAGUGACGGAGAGGUGGAAAAACACUCGCGGGUGAAGCAAAGCAGUGGAAAAUCAUCAUUUCCGACGCCUGUGCCAUCCUUGGACUCCCACCAGCCAAGUAAGAGAUCAGAACCAAGUCCGCUCGUUGAGCAGGAAAGAGGACGUCGACAUCAAAGGGCACGAUCAGACAAUAAAUUUCUGCAGAGACUAUCCAUAAGGGGGGUAAACGAGUCAUCUAACCAAAGGGACUCGAUCCUCAAGGCACCUCCUCUAAGGCGAACUCGCAGUGCGACACCGCGAGCAGCCCCGGUCCUAAGUCGCAUGGUUGAAGCACAAUCUCACUUUGACUUGACAUUGGCAACACCACACUUGCCAUCCAACCCAGACAAACCCAUGGAAGACCAACAGCAAUCAUCUGCGUCCGCUCUUUCUACGCGAUUGAUGGAAAUGUUCGAGUUUCCGAAGCCUGAAAAGGUUUUGGUGGAGUAUGCUUGCUCGUUGCUCCAGAGUAUGCUUCUCCAAGGCUACAUGUAUGUGACCGAAGGUCACAUCUGCUUUUAUGCCUACCUUCCUAAGAAGUCCAACGUGGCGAUAAAGUCGGGAUACCUAUCCAAGCGUGGCCGCAAGAACCCCACAUAUAAUCGCUAUUGGUUUGCUCUGAAGGGUGAUGUCCUCUCAUACUACGCAGACCCCUCCAAUCUCUAUUUUCCCAGUGGACAUGUCGAUCUUCGAUAUGGGAUCUCUGCGUCUCUUGCAGAACGGAAAGACGGUGAUACGAAAGACUUUCAGGUAACCACUGAUCAGCGAACUUAUUUAUUCAGAGCAGACAGUGCUACCAGUGCAAAGGAAUGGGUGAAGGCUCUACAGAAAGUAAUCUUCCGGACGCAUAACGAAGGUGACAGUGUCAAAGUAUCAUUCCCAAUAGCGAAUGUUAUUGACCUGGAGGAGAGCCCAAUGGCCGAUUUUGCGGAGACAUUCAAGAUUCGAGUUCUUGACAGCAGCGAAACAUAUGCAAUUGACGAGUACUUCUUCUCGUUCUUUGAUUCGGGCCAGGACGCAUUCAACUACAUCAAAGGCCUGGUCAAUGCUGCGUCGGCUACCGCCGCAAUGAAAGAGUCGCAAAGCCAGCAUGACAUCAAAGAUCAACCUGAAUCAAGCCGUGCCGCCCAUAAAAGACAGUCAGUCAGUAGCGUUCGAGUAUCUGAUCAGAGACAGGAAGGGUCACCACGCAAGCGAAGCUCCAGCGUAGGAAAUCAAAACCAAGGCUCAGCAGAUUCAUUUGCCGAGCAAGGGACCGGAUCAUCGCCGAUUGUACAGUCGAUGACCGACACCACUGAAUCGGCCAGUCAGAUACUGAACAGAAGCGACGUCUUUCAAUCACCAACUAUGCAUACACUGCAAAGGCACCCAUUGGAUGCGGGAGAAACUAUUCGGCGAGAUUCUGAUGAUACGACUCCCUCUGCAUCUGCGCGGCUGGAGCUGGGUGCCGCGACAGGCUCUCCAUCUGGAACACUAGGUCGCAAUGAAGCCACAGAAGACACACGAUAUACCGCUGGCCAAUCUCAUCCAAUGGAAUCUUCAAGACCGAGCUCUGUCACUCAUCUGAACGAGCUUGUCAGAGCGGGCGCAUAUCCCCUUCAACGCGCCGCUGGUUUUGCAGAAUACUUGAAGAGCCGCUCGAAACAAAUGAGUACACUAUUAGCAACAGAGUCAAUGGGCUAUAUAGAAAAGGUCUCGGGUAUGUGGAUUGGUGGCCAGAAGCAUUAUGGAGAGCGAGAAGGGCCAUUGCUUGAAGACCAGAAUGUUGAUCCUGAGGACAAUGAAGGUGCAUUCAAUUAUGGGGAUCGCUUCCGUGCGCACUUUGCUCUUCCGCCUACCGAAAGACUGCAGGCGACUUAUUACGCCUAUUUGCAUCGCGUGCUUCCGCUGUACGGCAAGAUCUAUAUAAGUCAGAAGAAACUUUGCUUCCGCAGUCUGAUUCCCGGAACUCGGACCAAAAUGAUCUUACCGCUCAAAGACAUUGAGAACGUGGAAAAAGAGAAAGGUUUCCGCUUUGGAUAUCAUGGACUUGUUGUCAUCAUUCGUGGCCACGAAGAGCUUUUCUUUGAGUUUAAUGCUGCAGACUCACGAGAUGAUUGUGCAGUCACAUUACAUCAGAAUCUGGAGUCUGUAAAAUUCCUGGUGGAAUCGGGCUUGCUAGCUGAUGAAGAAAGAGACGAAGUUGAAGCAGCCAAGGCCGAGCACCGCAUGCUUCAGGAAGCAAGGCUGGACAGCCCUGAGGAACACGACUCACACCCGACUUUUACUGAGGAUUCAUCAGAGAUACAUCCGUUCUUUGAUGAUCCCCGCGCUUCUAUUAUCAACUUCAAACCUCCCGAGCCUCUAAGAAUCACCUGCCUGACCAUCGGCUCCCGGGGCGAUGUACAACCGUACAUUGCGCUUUGCAAAGGAUUGCUUGCGGAGGGCCACAAACCGAAGAUUGCAACCCACGCCGAGUUUGAGCCCUGGAUCCGAAAACAUGGAAUCGACUUUGCACCCGUUGACGGCGAUCCUGCGGAGCUAAUGCGAAUUUGUGUGGAGAAUGGCAUGUUUACAUAUUCCUUCCUCAGGGAAGCUUCAUUGAAGUUCAGAGGAUGGAUCGACGAUCUUUUGUCGUCCGCUUGGGUUGGUUGUCAGGGUAGUGACCUUUUAAUCGAGUCACCGAGCGCCAUGGCUGGAGUUCACAUCGCAGAAGCCUUAAGGAUUCCGUACUUCCGCGGGUUCACCAUGCCAUGGACAAGAACACGCGCCUAUCCUCAUGCUUUUGCAGUGCCAGAAAAUCGCAUGGGUGGAGCAUACAACUACAUCACAUACGUCAUGUUCGACAACAUCUUCUGGAAAGCCAUCGCGGGGCAAGUGAACCGCUGGCGAAAUAACGAGUUGGGAUUGAAGGCCACAACCUUGGACAAGAUGCAGCAGAACAAAGUUCCGUUCCUUUAUAAUUACUCGCCUUCCGUGGUGGCCCCGCCUCUCGAUUACCCGGACUGGAUUCGCAUUACCGGCUACUGGUUUUUGAAUGAGGGCACAGAUUGGACUCCUCCCAUUGAACUAUCGAAUUUCAUUGCAAAAGCCAGAGCGGAUGGCAAGAAGGUUGUGUAUAUCGGAUUCGGAUCGAUUGUGGUCUCCGACCCGUCUGCCCUGACACGGACUGUCAUCGAAUCAGUUCAGAAAGCAGAUGUUCGAUGUAUUCUCUCAAAAGGGUGGUCCGAUAGGCUUGGUGACCCAGCUAGCACGAAGAGUGAGAUACCUCUACCACCAGAGAUUCAUCAAAUCCAAUCUGCACCCCACGACUGGCUCUUUUCUCAAAUUGAUGCAGCAGCCCACCACGGCGGAGCAGGAACCACCGGCGCAAGUCUCCGUGCCGGUGUCCCCACCAUCGUCAAGCCAUUCUUCGGAGACCAAUUCUUCUUCGGCUCCCGGGUGGAGGACCUAGGCGUUGGCAUCUGCAUGAAGAAACUGAAUGUCAGUUCCUUCUCGCGCGCUCUCUGGGAGACGACACACAGCGAACGUAUGAUUGUAAAGGCACGCAAUCUGGGCAUUCAGAUUCGCAAUGAAGACGGUGUGGCCACUGCAAUUCAGGCCCUCUAUCGUGAUCUUGAAUACGCUAAGACGUUGGCCCGACAAAAGUCGCUUGCCUCGUCCACCCCAUUCUCUCCUACGCCUACAGCUAAGACCUCCCCAGAUGGAGGCGAUGACGACCUUGAUGAUAUUGAAGAAUGGACCUUUGUCGGCGAAGAAACUGGCUUAGACAUCUCGAAACGGAUGCGUGAGCGAGCUGCUUCAGAUGCUGAAAGGCUAGGAACCAACAUGUUCCAAUGA